AUGAAUGCCAUAAAACUUGAAUCUACUAAGCCACAUUUGACUAAUGAAGAAGUUUCGGGGAUGAAUGCAACGAAACUUGAAUCUAUUGAACUUGGAAAAGAAAUGGAAAAGAGUAUUGUUCUUGAUCGUUUGAGUGGGACGAAAAACAUAUUCACUAAAUUUCUUGAGAUUCCAAAAGGAGAUGAUGAACCAACCAUUGUUGAUCAUGUUAUCCUGAACAAAGAAUUUUAUGAUUUGUUUGAUAUUGAGGCACAUUUGGCUACUGAAAAAGUUUCGGGGAUGAAUGGAAAACUACUUGAAUCUCCUGAGGUUGGAAAAGAAAUGGAAAAGAGUAUUGUUCUUGAUCAUUGGAUUGGGACGAAGAUAAUAUUCACCGAAUUUCUUGAGAUUUCAAAAGGAGAUUAUGAAAGUAUUGUUCUUGAUCGUUGGAGUGGGACGAAGAACAUAUUCACCGAAUUUCUUGAGAUUUCAAAAGGAGCUGAUAAAUCGACCAUUGUUGAUCAAGUUAUCUUGAACAAGAAUUUUGUGCAGGAUGAAGUGGUUUCCCUACCAAAGUGGGACGAAGAACAUAUAACCGAAUUUCUUGAGAUUUCAAAACGAGUUGAUGAACCAACCAUUGCUUAUCAAGUUAUCCAGAACAAGAAUUUUGUGGAGAAUUUUGGUGUAGUAGCUGUAUUGAAGAAUCAAAUACUGCGUGUAACAAGCUUGGCUAACGAAGUAGUUCUUGGAAUGAAUACCAGAAAAGUUGAAUGUACUGAGCCACAUUUGUCUAUUGAAGAAGUUUUGGGGAUGAAUGGAACAAAACUAAAAUCUGUUGACCUUAGAAACGAAAUGGAAAAGAGUAUUGUUCUUGAUCGCUUGAGUGGGGUGAAAAACAUAUUCACCGAAUUUCUUGAGAUUUCAAAAGGAGAUGAUGAACUAACCAUUACUGAUCAAGGUGUAGUAGCUGAUUUGAAGAUUCAAAUAUUGCGGUUGCAAAAGGAAAAUCAAAUUCUUAAGAUGAAGGUCCAAAAUGUAUCUCGCUUGGCUAACGAAGUAGUUCUUGGAAUGAAUACUAGAAAAGUUGAAUGUACUGAGCCACAUUUGGCUAUUGAAGAAGUUUUGGGGAUGAAUGGAACAAAACAUGAAUCUGUUGACCUUAGAAAUGAAAUGGAAAAGAGUAUUGUUCUUGAUCGAUUGAGUGGGGUGAAAAACAUAUUCACCAAAUUUCUUGAAAUUUCAAAAAGAGAUGAUGAACCUACUAUUGUAGAUCAAGGUGUAGUAGCUGAUUUGAAGAAUCAAAUAUUGCGGUUGCAAAAGGAAAAUCAAAUUCUUAAGAUGAAGGUCCAAAAUGUAUCUCGCUUGGCUAACGAAGUAGUUCUUGGAAUGAAUACUAGAAAAGUUGAAUGUACUGAGCCACAUUUGGCUAUUGAAGAAGUUUUGGGGAUGAAUGGAACAAAACUUGAAUUUGUUGACCUUAGAAAUGAAAUGGAAAAGGGUGUAGUAGCUGAUUUGAAGAAUCAAAUAUUGCGGUUGCAAAAGGAAAAUCAAAUUCUUAAGAUGAAGGUCCAAAAUGUAUCUCGCUUGGCUAACGAAGUAGUUCUUGGAAUGAAUACUACAAAAGUUGAAUGUACUGAGCCACAUUUGGCUAUUGAAGAAGUUUUGGGGAUGAAUGGAACAAAACUUGAAUCUGUUGACCUUAGAAACGAAAUAGAAAAGAGUAUUGUUCUUGAUCGAUUGAGUGGGGUGAAAAACAUAUUCACCAAAUUUCUUGAAAUUUCAAAAAGAGAUGCUGAACCUACUAUUGUAGAUCAAGGUGUAGUAGCUGAUUUGAAGAAUCAAAUAUUGCGGUUGCAAAAGGAAAAUCAAAUUCUUAAGAUGAAGGUCCAAAAUGUAUCUCGCUUGGCUAACGAAGUAGUUCUUGGAAUGAAUACUAGAAAAGUUGAAUGUACUGAGCCACAUUUGGCUAUUGAAGAAGUUUUGGGGAUGAAUGGAACAAAACUUGAAUCUGUUGACCUUAGAAACGAAAUGGAAAAGAGUAUUGUUCUUGAUCGAUUGAGUGGGGUGAAAAACAUAUUCACCAAAUUUCUUGAAAUUUCAAAAAGAGAUGGUGAACCUACUAUUGUAGAUCAAGGUGUAGUAGCUGAUUUGAAGAAUCAAAUAUUGCGGUUGCAAAAGGAAAAUCAAAUUCUUAAGAUGAAGGUCCAAAAUGUAUCUCGCUUGGCUAACGAAGUAGUUCUUGGAAUGAAUACUACAAAAGUUGAAUGUACUGAGCCACAUUUGGCUAUUGAAGAAGUUUUGGGGAUGAAUGGAACAAAACUUGAAUCUGUUGACCUUAGAAACGAAAUGGAAAAGAGUAUUGUUCUUGAUCGAUUGAGUGGGGUGAAAAACAUAUUCACCAAAUUUCUUGAAAUUUCAAAAAGAGAUGAUGAAAUCAAUGUAUCUCGCUUGGCUAACGAAGUAGUUCUUGGAAUGAAUACUAGAAAAGUUGAAUGUACUGAGCCACAUUUGGCUAUUGAAGAAGUUUUGGGGAUGAAUGGAACAAAACUUGAAUCUGUUGACCUUAGAAAUGAAAUGGAAAAGAGUAUUGUUCUUGAUCGAUUGAGUGGGGUGAAAAACAUAUUCACCAAAUUUCUUGAAAUUUCAAAAAGAGAUGAUGAACCUACUAUUGUAGAUCAAGGUGUAGUAGCUGAUUUGAAGAAUCAAAUAUUGCGGUUGCAAAAGGAAAAUCAAAUUCUUAAGAUGAAGGUCCAAAAUGUAUCUCGCUUGGCUAACGAAGUAGUUCUUGGAAUGAAUACUAGAAAAGUUGAAUGUACUGAGCCACAUUUGGCUAUUGAAGAAGUUUUGGGGAUGAAUGGAACAAAACUUGAAUCUGUUGACCUUAGAAACGAAAUGGAAAAGAGUAUUGUUCUUGAUCGAUUGAGUGGGGUGAAAAACAUAUUCACCAAAUUUCUUGAAAUUUCAAAAAGAGAUGAUGAAAGUGUAAUUUUCUUGGCUAACCAAGUAGUUUUUGGAGUGAAUACCAGAAAACUUGAAUCUACUAAGCCACAUUUGAAUAGUGAAGAAGUUUCAGGGAUGAAUGGAACAAAACUUGAAUUUGUUGAACUUGGAAAGGAAAUGGAAAAGAAUAUUGUUCUUGAUCGUUUGAGUGGGAUGAAAAACAUAUUCACCAAAUUUCUUGAAAUUUCAAAAGGAGAUGAUGAACCAACAAGUGUUGAUCAAGGUGUAGUAGCUGAUUUGAAGAAUCAAAUAUUGCGGUUGCAAAAGGAAAAUCAAAUUCUUACGAUGAAGUCGACCAUUGUCGAUCAAGUUAUCCUGAACAAGAAUUUUGUGGAGGAUGAAGUGGUUUCCAUUCCAAAGAGUAUUGUUCUUGAUCGUUGGAGUGGGACGAAGAACAUAUUCACCGAAUUUCUUGAGAUUUCAAAAGGAGCUGAUGAACCAACCAUUGUUUAUCAAGUUAUCCUGAACAAGAAUUUUGUGGAUAAUUUUACCAGAAAACUUGUAUCUAUUGAGCCAUAUUUGAUUACUGAAGAAGUUUUGGGGAUGAAUGGAACAAAACUUGAAUUUGUUGAGGUUGGAAAAGAAAUGGAAAAGAGUAUUGUUCUUGAUCGUUUAAGUUGGACGAAGAACAUAUGCACCGAAUUUCGUGAGAUUUCAAAAGGAGCUGAUGAACCAACCACUGUUGAUGAAGUUAUGUUGAACAAGAAUUCUGUGGAGGAUGAAGUGAUUUCCCUUUCAAAGAAUGAUAAACUUGAGGCUCUUCCCUAG